AUGCAAAGCUAUGCCAUCCCACAAGACCCAUCAGACCCUUACCUCAGGAAAUGGAUCAAACCGGACGAUAACCCAAUCGCAAUUCCAGACUAUACCAUGAACGGAUCUGCGUUCCGUGACCCGACCACGGCUUGGUUUUCAAAAGACGGUCAUUGGAGAACUGUUGUGGGGUCGUUGAGAAAACAUAGGGGAAUCGCUUAUAUAUACAGGAGUCGAGACUUCAAGCGUUGGGUCAAAGCUAAGCACCCGGUACAUUCUAAAGAAUCAACCGGUAUGUGGGAGGGCCCUGAUUUGUUCCCGGUUUCUUUACCCGACUUUGGCAAUGGAUUGGACUUGGAUUAUGUUGGUCCAAACAUUAAGCACGUGUUGAAGGUCAGCUUGGACAUAACCCGGUUUGACUAUUACACGCUUGGCAAAUACGAUCGUAAGAAAGACCGGUACGUACCGGACGGUGAUUCACCUGAUGGUUGGGACGGCUUAAGAUUCGAUUACGGUAACUUCUACGCAUCGAAAACAUUUUUUUACUACAAAAAGAGCAGAAGAAUACUGUGGGGUUGGGCCAAUGAAUCCGACACCCCUAACGAUGACGAGAAGAAAGGUUGGGCUGGUCGACAGAGAAAACUGAGAGGUUUCACGUUCAAAUCAUUGGAGUUAUGUAAUAUCAAAGGCUGCAAUGUGAGCGGCAGUGUGGGACCUUUUGGUCUAAUUAAAUUAGCAACUCCUGAUUUAGAAGAGUACACUCCGGUCUUCUUUAGAGUCUUUAAAGACACUUCAACUCAUAAACCUAAGGUUCAUAUGUGCUCCGAUGCUAGACCUUCGUCGUUAAAUCAAGACAAGGGUCCACUCCCAAAGGAUAGGAUGUACAAACCAUCAUUUGCGGGUUUCGUUGAUGGAAGGAUCUCUCUGAGGAGUUUGAUUGAUCACUCUAUAGUAGAGAGUUUUGGAGCCUUAGGGAAGACUGUAAUAACGUCAAGAGUGUACCCAGUGAAAGCAGUGCAAGAGAAUGCACAUUUGUAUGUGUUCAACAAUGGAACACAAACUGUUAACGUAGAGAGUCUUAAUGCUAGGAGCAUCGAGAGUCCUUUGCAUAUGAAUGAUGGAGCUCUUUAA